UUUUCUUGAUUUUCUCGUUGCCUAGACACCGCCGGUAGCUCUUUCCUGUUCUCACGGUGAAGGUGAAAUUAGCGCCACCACCGUCGUCACAAUAACAAACGCGUGUCGCCUGAACUCUCACUCAACCUCUACAAAGCACACUCAACCCAUUUGCCACAAGCAGUCCUAAUACUGAACAAGGUUCCAGCACUUUUCAAUCUCGUUCAACUGGCGAUUGAGCGGUCAGUAACAAUUUGUAACCUUUAAGAGUUGUUACUGAUCUCACAUUAGCUCCCACCAUGUCCGAAUCGGACCCCGUCGCCUGUCGCCCUUUACCUCCGGAGCUAUGGGCCCAGAUCUGCACUCACAUCGACGAUUUCACGCUUUGGGUCAUCUGCCGCCAGGUGUCACCGGUACUCAAGGCAGAAGCUGAGCGAGAGUUCGUGAAGACGCAUCUUCCGAAUCUACGAAUGAAAUGGCAUGUUAAAUCCUGGAUAACCUUUGGUGAACCCUUUGCCGAGUUAGGUUUCCACGGUGGCGAGGUGGAACAAAAAGAAUUCUUGGGCCUCAGUGAAGAUCGCCAGCGGGUGAAAUUCAGCGCGGUGAUUCACUGCGAAGGGUAUUCUUGUAAUGCACAACUAAAGGAAGAUCAGGAGCGAUUCUAUAGCAACUCCAAGGCCACUAUGCUCAAGGCAUCGCGAUAUAGCAACCUUGACUUCCGCUUUAGGUUCGACGAGGAUAUCUACGCGUCUGCAGCCGACCCGAUAAUGGCGCAGACCUGUCGCCUUGGGUCGUAUGUCAACGAUCUGGAGAUCCCUUCACUAGAGAUAGAUUUCCAUUCGGGGUCGUUCUCUUUCGAUUGGAAGGCGUUCCUGAAUGAUUUCUACUACGAUUACUACUACGUCCAACGGCGCCUGCGUGAUCUCUCGACCUCUCACGAAGCUCCUACUCUCACGUAUGUCGAACGCGCCAACAACCACCUUACAAAACAAUUUGCCGGUCGAACAAAGCUCUCCUUAAGAAGCCAGGAUUUUGGGAUGAAUAACUUUGGAUCGGAAGAAGAUGCUCUUUUCUUGGAGGCAUACGUCAAACGCUUGAAAAAGUCCCACCAAACAGUCGGCAAGACCUUGGGGUAUGAUGACAAUAGCGAUGUCAAGAUUGACCGACAAACUGAGGAGGAUAUAAUGUCGCACAUCAUAGUCAGACGACGAGCUCAAAACUGGGCGUUCUUCUUUGAAUUUAUGGAUAGGUGUGGGAUUGAAGUUGAUUGGCUAGGGCCCGGAUGAGUGAGAGAUAGGCAAGGAUGAAACACCUAAGCCGCUGAGAUGCACAAAAGGUUGCCGCAGAAUAUGAAAUGCAACAGGAGGCCAGAAAGAAGCCGGCAGAUUUGUGUCCCGUGUAGAUAUGAGUACGAGUAGAAGGCAUGGACCGUAAAGAUAUGCAGAACCAGACACAUGACAACGAUUGGCUUUGCCUGAACGCCGUCCUAAAUGUCUGUGGGUCUCCAUA